AUGAAAGGGAAGCUACAUUUUUUGCUGGUCUUUCUGGUUUAUUCUUUAGUUGUGUUCACCAAUGUCAAGCGUGAGUCUUUCGACAAGGACUUCAUUGAUUUCGAGUAUUGCCGCCUAAGAUCCGUGAAUCGGACUUACAAAUACGUUUCCGGAAGGGUAAAGCUACUGAAAACACCUCUUAACCACAUUAAGGUAAACAUGGCAUUGUACCAGCGACUCAAUGGGUAUAAGCCCUUCCUCUACAAUUUCACAUUGGAUGCCUGUAAAUUCUUAAAAAACCAAAAGUCAAACCCGAUCGCUAGUUACUUCUAUGGCUUUCUCACGGAAUACUCUAACAUGAAUCACUCUUGUCCCUUUGAUCAUGACAUUGUGGUGGAUAAACUAUCCACAGCGUUUAUAAAUCACCGAGUGACCAAAAUGUUACCUUUUCCGGAAGGAGACUACAUGAUUAAGACCCAUUGGAAAUUCCCGGAAAUUGAAAAAGCUUUAACUAAAUUUUAUUUUUCACUUUCGUAA